AGGAAAGCCAAACCUACUGGACAUGGGAUCCCUGAUGAUCAAACCAGUGCAACGAGUGAUGAAAUAUCCCCUGUUACUCUGUGAACUCCUGAAUUCAACUCCCACUCAUCACCCCGACCACGAGGUGCUGCAAGACGCUCUCCUUGCUAUGAAAAACAUUAAUGUGAGCAUCAAUGAGCUGAAAAGGAGGAAAGAUUUAGUGCUGAAGUAUAAGAGGAACGAUGAUGAUGAAACCCUUAAAGAAAAGUUUUCCCGACUGAAUAUCCACUCCAUUAGCAAGAAAUCCAAGAGGGUCACCAGCCACCUGAAGAUACUGACGGGGGGAGAACCUCAGGUGAAGGAUCAAACUUUCAAUGAGGCAGAAAAGUUGUUUCGAAGUUUAGAGAAGACGGUGAAACUGUGUGUGAAGAACAUUGCUCUCUCCUCACAACAUCUGCAGGAGUCCAUCCGCCUGGCUGCACAGAGCAUAGCUGGGCUGGGGGAAAUCCUGCAAGACAGAGACGACCAAGUCAGCGGCUGUUCGGAAAAACGGACCAACGCUGCUCAUCCCCAUGAAGACCUUGUGGCUCAGCUGGACAAGCUCGUUCUGACCCCUCUCUCCACACUGCAAGCCCUGUUUUCGGGCCCCCAGAAGCUCAUCCAGAAGCGCUACGACAAGUUGUUGGACUACAACUGCUACCUUCAGAGGGCAGCGGGAGAGGAGCCAGACCUGGCAAAGAGGGACUAUGAGGCUCUCAAUGCACAGCUCGUGGAAGAACUUGAGGUGUUCAACAGAGCAGCCAAAAGGAUUGUGCUGAACUGCCUGCACAGCUUCAUCGCCCUCCUCCGGCAGGAGAUGUCUGCAGCCCUUCAGGCACACGCUGCGGUGGGGGUGCCUGUCCCACUGUCGUCCUCAAGCAUCUGCGAAGUGCAGAACCAGCUGAUGGAGGAGGUUCACAAGCUGAAUUUUGUAAAAGAAAACAGCAGCGCGACCUUUAUCGAGAGAAAAUUGAGCUUGGAAAGAAAGAAACCCGCCCCCUGUCCGCUGGAAAGCCCACGCCAAACAGAAGGCCACAGGUCCAGGCUGCUGUCUACGUACAGCACAGAAUCGCUGUACCAAGCGAAGCGCAAGUGCAACGCCACGCAGGAGUUGGAUAUCGAUGUCCACGACGGAGAGCUGGUGGCUGUGCUGGAGCAGAGGGACCCCUUGGGAAGUACCAACAGAUGGCUGGUUGACACAGGACUCCUUAGGGGGUAUGUGUAUUCCUCCUUCCUGAGGCCUUACAAUCCAGCCAAAGCGCAGAAGGAUGUAGGGGAGAACAGCUUCGGUGAUGACGACUUUGACAACAUCAGCCUCUUUGUCUCCUCACGGCCCCCUGCUGCCAGCAGCACCAGAAGUGCAGGGCACAAGGGGAGUGACAGCAGCUCAUCCCUUCACCUCCACCAAGAUUCCACAGCUAAUGGCACAGGGGCUGAUGCUCUUCAGGACAGGGAUGAUCACACCUUCUACGCUGUUUAUGCAUUUCAAGCAAGAAAUGAUCAGGAACUCAGCCUUCAGGAGUACCAAAAGGUUAGGAUCCUGCGGUUUUCCGACCUGAGUGGCAACAAAGAAUGGUGGUUAGCAGAAGCCAAAGGUCAGAAAGGAUACGUUCCAUCUAAUUACCUCGGGAAGAUGACUUAUGCUUAG